CCAGGAGGAAGCGCGUCCUUGCUGACCACCACACCUGAGAACAGCCCCGCACUGGCCUGGAAGUGACAAUGGCAGCCGAGGGGCUGCCUGCGGGGGGACCCACUGGCACCCUGCCUGGCUGGGAGCUGGAAACCUGGUACCAGGACCUGCAGGAGGUGCUGGCAGCAGCAGAGCCCACUGGGCCCUCCCCACCCAGGGGAGCUGAGCAGGCAGAGCUGGCUCCACUGUGGGGUACAGAGGGGGCUGGCAGUGGUCCAGAGGGCUUCGAGCUGGAUGCUGCCCUGGCUGCUGAGCUGCUGGAGCUGCUGGGACCAGAGAGCACAGCUGGCACAGAGCCAGGGAGACUGCCGGGCUCAGCCUCCAGCGGGAGCUCCCCACCCCGGCCGGGCACAGAGGAUGAGGCAGGGGCAGCUGCACAGCGUGGAGUGAAGAGGAAGAGGUGCAGCGGCAUGGCGGCAAGCAGGGAGCUGGCCAAGCGCCGGGAGCGGGCCAACGAGCAGCGGGUGCUGGAGCUGACGGCCCACAACGAGCAGCUCAGGGAAGAGAUCCGACGGCUCAGCGCAGAGGUGGAACACACACGGGCAGCCCUCAUCGACCACAUUGUGAACCUUCGCCGGGCUUAGGUGCCAACACCACCCCCCAGCCAGGGGGGCAAGGACACUGCUGCCCCUGCGGACCUGGGGGGCAGCCAUGAACUGGAG